GCUCUCCGGCCGUCAUCGCAUGAGAGUCCCUCCACUAUCAGACCCGUUAACAGCAGUCGACGUCGAGGCACCCGCACUAACGGCUAACGUCUCUCACAUCCCCGGGCUUGAGCCGGUGCUCGCCGUUCCCGACCUGUCCUGCCCGGCCGAUGGACCGCACGGAAAUCAGUGUCGCUGACAACCGGAAGCCCUUCUUGCGCGACACGUAUUCACUGUCGCGAGGUCGGCAGGAGCUGUCCUGUGAGGACCCGUCCAGGUGUUGACGAAUCGCGAUCAGCAGGCAGCCCCGAGUGUCUUCCUGACUGUGACCACGAAGGAACUUCUAGUGCUUGUGCUGAGUACGCUUCUUUGAGGGUGACUGAUAUCGACAGCUCUUGGAAGAAUGAAGUCCGCGAAUAGAUAGUUUUCCAUUAAACUCGCUCUAUUGAUUGUGCAUAUUGCCGUUUAAGAAGAGAAUCUCCUUCUUGGGGAAACAGCCGCCGUCUCGUAACUAAAUUCACUGUUUUUGAAAACGCGUCAUUCACUUAAGACGUGAGGAAUCCGCAAAAACAGGACCACUUUGAGAGGACUCUCAUCGGACAAUUUCAUUGAAAGUCGUAAGAUUACGGAAAAUCGUGCAUAUUGGUUUAUUAUUGAGGAAACGUAAGGACCGUAAGCGUGGUGCUGAGGAACGUGGGGGAGGAUGCGAAUGUCGUGUGCAGUGACGCGGAAGUUGUAAGAGGGUGAAUAGACUCGAGGUCCAGGAUGAUGGAAGUGCAGCAACAACACUCGCCUGUCGGGGUGGGUCCGCUGGAUUUUUCCAGACGGGGGGUUGCCGAAGCGUCAGCGUUUCGGGUUGUCAAGCCCAAACAGCCGGCUUCGUCGCUCGUGCACCAGCAACCGCUGCCGCCGGAAACUAACAACAAUGAGAAUCUUCAAGAGAAUCCGCAGAUAUCCAUUGACGCUGAAGGAGGCUGCAAUGUUCGUUUAAUGUUUCCGAGACUGUGGGCACCUUUCGGGAAUGCCACGGAAGUCACAAACUUACCACCUUUACCAAAGAGUCACUCAGAGCGGCUAUCCUUUGGAGUGGGUCGUCUGGUGGGUUCACCGGCGACGAGGAGUCCUUCGCCGUCGCAGUCUCCCUGCCCGGACUCUCCCCCAUCCGAACGCCGGGACGCCGAGAUAGACGUCGACGUCGAGGAGGAGGUUGACGUGGACGUCGAGGAAGUCGGCGACGAGGAUGACCACGAGGAUACUUCGAGUCCACCGCGAUCGUCGUCCACGCCGUCGCCGUCGCCCGUGAGCGUCGCGACGUCGCCCGUGUCGCAUCCCCCGAAGAGAUCCGGCGAUAGCUUCAGCGUAUCGGCUCUCCUUAGGCCGGAUCCACCCUCCGCUCACGUCCAGAACGCAUCUCCGCACAGAGACACCACCGCCAUGGGCGCUCAUCCGCCGCCACCCGGCUCGUCCAUCCUCUAUCCGCCGUUGCACCUUCAGAGCGGACUCCUGCCACCUCACCCACACCAUCCCCUUUCGUACCUGCACCCCCAGCUGCUGCCGCAUCAUCUUCUGCCGCCGCACCUGCACCCGUUGCUGCGCGGCGUUCAUCCGGGUCACCCGGGACUGCACUCGACACACACGGCGCACGGGCUGCACCAUCCCCAUCCGCUCGGCGACGUUUACAGCUGUGUCAAGUGCGACAAGAUGUUCAGCACGCCGCAUGGGCUCGAGGUACACGCGAGGCGAUCACAUAACGGCAAACGACCAUUCGCUUGUGAACUGUGCAACAAAACAUUCGGCCACGAAAUCAGUCUCACGCAGCACAGGGCCGUGCACUCCGCGGAGAAGGUGUUCGAGUGUAAACAGUGCGGUAAGGCUUUCAAGAGAUCCAGCACGCUCAGUACCCACCUCCUAAUCCACUCGGAUACGAGACCGUAUCCCUGCCAGUUUUGCGGCAAGCGAUUCCACCAGAAGAGCGAUAUGAAGAAACACACCUAUAUACAUACUGGCGAAAAACCUCAUAAGUGCCAAGUGUGCGGCAAGGCGUUCUCGCAGAGCAGCAACUUGAUCACGCAUUCAAGGAAACACACGGGCUUCAAGCCGUUCGCCUGUGAGCUUUGCGGCCGAGCUUUCCAGCGGAAGGUUGACUUGAGGAGGCAUCGCGAAACUCAGCACGCCGACCUCAACGCGUCGCAUCGACCUCCGAUUGGUUCCAUUCCCGGGCAGAAUUCUCUGCCCAGUGGAAAUCCACCGAUGAUGCAGUGAGGCCGCGAGGCAACGAUUGACAAUUCGCCGAGUCUUUGUGGACGAUGAUUGAGGAUCGUCGUGAUUAGCGGCCGCUCCACGGAUCAAGGAGUCGGCUCGUGUUAUGGACUAACCAUUGUGAGAACGGUUCGAACGGUGAAAUCACAAAUGACGAUCGCCACAAUCGUUGAUGCUGACGGCGUUACAACGAUAAAUUAGAUCUCGCGGAAGAUAGAAACAUGAGUUAUAAUUGUCUUUGGGAAUUGCGAAUCGUAUUACGACGAGAGAUGUUGCUUACUGGAAGGUAUUAACUGUCUUUGCAUCCUCUCCGAAUUGUCUCCCAUAUUUUUGUUCAACACAUGGAAAUAAAGUUUGGUCGCAUCAACAUGAGAUUUGAUUGUAAUCAACAAGUCUUUGUCAAGUCUUCAAUCAACGUGUUUUGAUUGAAAGGAAUGGGAUUUCUGAUUCUCAGAAUCGAAUUUGGAUCAUAAGAGAACCCCGGAAAUUCCGUGUUCUCCAACUAAAAUAUGUUUGGCUCGUUCAUUAAAAUUAUUUUAAUAUAACCAAAUUUUUUCUCUACACUGAGAAAAAAAUUCUUGAAAAUUUAUUUGUAGAACAAAAAUUGAUUUCACAGAAACAAAUUUUAUUUCUCAGAAAUAUACUUUAUUUCACGGAAAUAAAUUUUGUAUCACACAAAUAAAUUUCCAAGUAUCUUUUCCUCAGUGUAAUACGCAAUUUGUGAAUUCCAACAAUUCUGAAAUUUACAACAACCAUGUACACUGCGAAAAGGACUUGAACAUUUAUUUGUGUAUGUGUGUGUGAGAGAUAAAAGUUCAUUUCAUACUUCAAAUAAACUUUAUUUUGCAGAAAUAAAUUUUAUAUCUUACAAAUAUAUAAAUUUCCGCGUAUUCUUUCUCCGUGUAAGAAGAAUUGAGAUGCACGUUGUUAACAUGAAUAAGUGAUCUAAACGUGCUGCUUGAAAACUUGAAAAAUACUCGAGAAGCAAAAUGUUAAUAUCAUCCAACCUAACAUUGAAGUAACAUUGGAGAUGCAGUUUUUCGUAAAAAGAAAGAGCAAAUUCGCCUAGCACGCGCUAUGUGACUGCAUGCAAAGUUAAAUCGGACUAGUGCAAUUCGGGAGUGAAUUUUCGGGACGACGGGAAUUGACUGCAAGGAGGAACUCCAGCAUUCUCAUCGCGGGAUGUUCUCUGAUCUUUUGACGUUAGUGCGAGGAGACUGUAUAAGUUAAUAUUUAUUCGACCGUUUGUUUCGUCGGGACCGUUAGUCUUAGACGAGUAUCCAACGACCUCGAGGACUCUUGACUCGCGGAAUACACUCAAGACAAAUGGGGAAAGUGUAUUAGUGAUUUGUCGCGGCCAUGAUAUUCCACGAGGAGGUGUGUUGCAUCCGUUUCGUUCCUAAAUAAUGGAACACGCCCAAGUUUGGUUCCUUCAGCGACUUUUGUUCGAGCAAAAGGACUUUUUGACGAAUCGCGCUAUCUAUAAGUUGCCAAUAUGCGAAAGUGUGAAAGGGCGAAUGGACUGUUUUUGUUACGAAUAACGGCUAGCACUCGCUAUUUUAAUCGACGUUCUACCUACUGCUAAUGAAUCACCUGCUACUGUAACUUCUCCUCUUACGUAGAUAUUCUCACUACACGCGGUGCGGCCUUCAAGCUAGUCAGAUAUAUCUCGGAAGAAAUUACUCGAUAUUAUAUUUCAUCAAUAGCGUUAACUAAUCACAGUUACUAUGAAGUAUCAAAAACAAUGCACUGUUAUAAACGAAGAUCUACUCCAAACCGUGUUACCUUAUCUUUUGUAUCUAAAGGGUCGGCAGUAUUUAGGUUUCCCAUCCUUUUCGGAAUUAGGAACAGAAUAGCAUGAGCGUCGAAUGGCGUGUUGUAACGUGUCGAAGUACGGCAAGAGCGUACUGUAUUUUGCAUAUCUCCCGCACCUGUCGUUCAAGAAAGGACGUUGGACCCAAUCCCUAAAGUUGCAACUGUGACCAAAAACUGUAAAUAGCACGUAGACCGUAUCACGGUUAGUCUAAGCAUAUAAAUAUAUACAUAUAUAAAUAUGAAUAUAAAUGACUCGAAGCUAUAAAUAUUAUAAAUAGAGACGGACUCUUACGACGCAGAGUACCGUACCCGACUAAUGGUGGGUGGUUCGCCCGCCGAGGUCUCACCAAAAAGUUAUUAUAUUCUUCCCCUUUUUCUCGCUAUCGAAGUUUUUAUUGUUGUACCAUUAAUAUCAUUAUGUAAUUAUUGUAAUUAGAGACUCGCUAUUAAUAUUAUUGUCAUUAUUAUUAUUAUUAUUAACA